UCUAUUCCGUACGGCACAGUCCUUUCUUAGUCGCCCGGCAUCUUAGGCGUCAUUUAUCUUUUUUUUUACCCGUCUUGUUCUCUACUAUUUCUACCGAGACUUUUCGAAAAGUAGUUAUUGUAUCGACUGCAGUUAGAAAACAACGUUCGGUACCUAUAGUCGUUCUGUGAUACAAUUUUUGGUGCUAGCAAAUAACCGCACGUCAUUCGGAAUUUUGGAUAACAUACACGAGAUUUGGCUGCUGAAAAUUAGAAGAUUUAAUUUUCUCAGCCGGGUGCCGACGAUGUAAACUUCUAAGAAUCAAACUCCGAAUCUUUGCAAAAAAUAUUGUUAAUUCUUUGGCUGGUUUGUUUGUUUUUGAACACAGACAAUAAACAUAAACGCAUAAGUCACGAUUAUAAGCUAUGGGGCCGUUAAGAAUUUGCUGCAACGCAUUUUUACUCGCGUUUAUAUCUGUGACAUACGUCCAAGGAGGAGAAUCUACAUCGGAAACAAUUGAGAGAACACUUCCGGCUUAUGCACUCGCAUUGAGGGGCAGUUUAUUAAAUUCCAGCUUGUGCCACACAGAAUUGGAAACUUUCAGAAGAGGUGUCGAUCACCGCAAGCUAUGGGCGCUCAAAAUGCUUGAUUCGAGUGGCGAGGCGAAACCGGGCUUCAUUUAUGGAAAUAAUUAUUGGUUGGGGAGCAGAAGUCAAUGCGAUGAUACCUCGAAUAUAAGUCCUUUGAUCCUGAUCGAUGCUGAAAUAAAAAAUAACAGUAAAUAUCGAAAUCCUGAAGAAGAAUUUCCACCGUUCGGACUACAUUAUUUUGUCACACAUUUUCGUCACAAUAGUACUCUUCAGUAUCACGUCCGAUUGCCGAAUGAGGAUUUAAUAACGCUGGGAUUAUGCCUUCCUGCAUCCUGUUCAUCGGAAGAGUUGAGCAUGAUUUUGGAAAGAUUGUUCGAAAACAGAACGCUUCUUGCAGGAAAUCUGUACUCUGCUGACUUUAAGUUAUUGGAAGUCAGAGAUCUGAAGGACGACCAUAAGUGGCUUUUGGAUGGCAACUUGAUUUUAGUCGGCACUCUUCUAGUCCUGACGAUCGUUGCUGUGACUGUAGGAACAAUUUACGACGUUACUGUCCACCAGAAACAGAUACGGGCGAGAAAAAUAUCAACAGAAAACAAUAAUGAAUAUAGCAACUAUGAAAAGAAGACUGCUGAUACCACAGAGUCAGCGAUUCAAGUUCUUCCAGAAUUUCGACAAAGUCAAUUUGCCAAAAUGAUGCUAUGUUUUUCAUGUUACACAAACAUAAAAAUUAUUCUAGACACGAAGUUGGGCUCUGAGGCGAUACCUGCUAUUCAUGGCAUCAGAUUUUUGGGAAUGAUGUGGAUCAUAAUGAUACACACAGUCUUUUACAUGGCAGAUUACGCGGAUAAUAAACCUUGGUCCUGGAGAAUGGCUGAAGGUUUUGCAGUCCAAGUAAUAAGUAACUCGACUUUGUCGGUUGACACUUUUUUUUUCUUAAGUGGAUUUUUAGUCUCCUACUUGUAUUUGCACGGAAAAAAAGACAAGAAAGAAGAUAACAAGAUGGUUAAUUACAAAGCCAAACUAAACGAGUUUGCUCUGACUAUUCUGAGAAGGUUCAUUAGGUUGACUCCUGCGUAUAUGAUGGUUGUUGGCUUACUGCAAAUAAAUGCCGGGUGGUAUGGAAAAACCUCUCAAUUUUACAUGACGGAAAGACCGCAGGAUAUAUGUGCAAAAUAUUGGUGGCGGAAUUUCCUUUAUAUCAACAAUCUCUUCGGAAGAGAAACAAUGUGCAUGACGUGGAGCUGGUACUUAUCGAACGAUAUGCAAUUUUUCGUCAUCGCAACAUUUGUGUUAAUUUUGUCAUCGGUAUUUUUCUAUACCGCAGCUGGAAUAUUGACGUUCCUUCUAAUUGCCUCCACAGUGUUAACCGGAUACGUAUCGUACAUUUACGAAUAUGUACCGACAAUGGAUGCACAGUAUAACAUGUUACACAUCCUUUACGACCCGCCGUGGACAAGAAUCGGACCUUAUAUUAUCGGAGUCGCAACAGCGUAUAUAUUGUUGAGAUUGAACCACAAAUUGGAUUUGAAAAGGAGAACCAUCAUCCUGGGCUGGUGCCUUGGCAGUUCGUGCAAUUUGAUUGUUCUCUUUGGUUUGUGGGAGAGACACAUCUCAGUCAUUUCGUCAGCGUUUUAUGUCGCCUUGAGUAGAACGGUGUGGGCAGUCGGACUUUCGUGGCUUUUAAUUGCGUGCAGCACACAACAUGGAGGAAUUGUAAAUAAGAUUCUUUCCUAUCGAGGAUUUGUACCACUAAGCCGGCUAACUUAUUGUGCCUAUCUUCUGAACCCUUUUAUCAUCAAUUCCGUGUACCUUCAUUCCGAGACGUCGGUGCAUGUAGAUUUUCUACCAAACGCUUCGCUGUUUCUUGGAAAUUUCGCCAUAACGUAUUUCUGUGCUUUUGUCUUGUCGUUGCUGUUUGAAACGCCUAAUGUACUAUUGAUGAGAAUGCUGAUCGCAUCCAGGGAAAGAAGAGAGAAGAUUGAAAGAUGAGAAGACGAAAAAGAUGAAAAAAACGAAAAAGAUGAGAAGAUUGUUGCCCUCGUUUUUUAUGUACAUUAUGUGUAACUCAUGUUCAAGUAUUAGUAUUUGUAUAAGCGUCUAUGAUUUUUUACUCUCAUGACGAAUUGAAUUAAGAACAAUAUGGAAUAUAAAUAAACAUUACUGUGUUCAGAA